GUUUAAAAUAAUGCAAGAAUUUGUCGAAUUAAUUUAGGCAGCAUUUUUCGCGAAAGAAAAUAAUUAACGAAGUUAAGCAGAGUAGCAGCUUGUGAAUUUGAAGCAUCAAUUACCAAAUGACUUUUUUUAGAAGUGCAGCUCUGUAUUUAUAUCUCAUCAAUUGGAUUCUCAAACCAGAGUAGCAGCAGGGACAUUACUCUAGAGAUGUAUAACUUAUGAGUAAGGAUGGCUGGCAAUCGGGUUAGAUGUAAAGCGAAAAAUCAAAGAUGAGUUGCUUUCCCAACUAAUUUCUAGUGAUUAAAAUAUAAAAAAGUCAGCAGCAAGCGUAAAUUUUCCAUAAUAAUUUAUUAGUGCUUAUCCGGGAUUUGUGCAAUAGAAUUGCCAAGAUAAGAGUGGCCUGAAAUCAUCAGCAUAUUAGUAUAGAAUACUCGACAUGAUUCAAUAGAAGUGAAAAAAGCGGCAACUAUAACUCUUGGUUAUAUUUGUGAAGCUUUGAAAAAUUAGAAGUAAUCAAUAGAGAAGACGGAGAGUGAAAAAGUGUUGUACGGAAUAUGUAUGGGAUUACAAGGAGAGAAAUAAAUCAAGUUGAUUUCAAUCAGAGCAUUGAAGGACAGUUUGCAAUUCAUGGAUCAAGUAUUGGCACAAUAAUAAGUCAGGGAUCAUGUGACUAAGUUGUUAGUUGAUUAGGCUAUAUCUCAAGAUGCUGAAAUAAGAUUAGCAGCAUUAGAAUGCUUGAUUGACUACACCAAAGCAAUAUUCGAUUAUUUAGGUAAGAAUUCUAAUAUAAAAUUUAGAAUAAUAUAUUUUGGGUCUAUGGAAUUGUACAUAAGAAAGCAUUUAUCAUAAAGAUUUUGCGAUAGUGACUAUGGAAAUAUGGUAGAGCAUUGCCUCUGAAAUAAAUGAGAGAUCUGCUGUAAGUAAUAGAACUAAUUUGGGAUUCAGAAAAACAUAAAAGGAAGCAUUGCAAAUAAUUUCUUAAUAAUUAAUCUAAGCUGUCCUUCAAAACUUGCUGAUCUCUGAUGAGGACGAGGAGGAUGACGAAGAAUAAGGAAUUUAGGAGGCAGCCUAUAAGGCAGCAUCUUCAAUUAGCGAGGCUUUGGGAAAUAUAUGUUAUCAACUUUACCUAAGAUUUAUUGAGAGUAAUUGAAUUAUCUAAUAUAUUUUAGAUACACUUUAAGCACAGGAAUGGCAAAACAGAAAGGCUUCAUUAUUAGCAUUUUCAUCAAUGGUUGAGACAGCCGAUGUUUUAGAAUUGUUCUAAUUUUCUAAUUCAGCAAUUGGGGAAUUUAUUAAAAAACUAGCUGAUUCGCAUAAAUAGGUGAGAUAUGCUGCUGGUAGAGUGAUCACAAGAAUUGCUGAAAAUUACCCAUAAGUUAUUUUGAAGCAUCAAUAUGCUGAUGAAUACAUUAAUUAAUUUUCAUAAUUUUUGCAAGGAAACACUAAAUUGACAAAAUAUUUAUUAUGGACUCUAGUUAACCUCACGGAAGCUUUCAGAGAUGAUCCCGUGAAUUAAUAUGGCAAAUAUUACGACUAUUUAAUUUCUUAAUUUGCUGCUGUUGUUGGAAGAUAAGACUUUUAGGAUGGAACUCUCUUAGAUAUAGCCUGGGUUGGUAUCAUCAAUUGCUUGUAAUGCGUUAAAGAGCCUUAAAAAAUAAAGACAUAUUUGGAAGCAUUUGGUAAAUAAAUGCUUGCAGUAUAUUCAUAAUGUGGAUGGUAAAAGGAGGCCAAUAUAUCUGGAUUAUUGUCAGCAAUUCAUAUUUGUUUCUUGAGAUUAGUAGUUUUGGGAGAUUAGUGUGAUAUCUAAUUGAUGAACAAUUUCUAUCAACUUAUUGUUGACUACUUUAAAAAAAUCUAGACUGUCACAUAAGAUGGUUUCUAUGCAAUUAGUGCUAUAGCUCAAUGUAAUUAAUAUAAAUAUAUUAUAUAGAUAGCAAAAUUAAUUUUAAAUCCCUCUUGGAAGAUUUCAUGCAAAAUUAUUUAGAAAUUGGUUUGUAGAAGAAAUUAGAAAUUGAGACAUUCAAAGGAGCCAUCUUAUGUUUAGCUGACAUAGCCAGAUCCCUUUAAUUUAAGGAGUUCAGUAAAUACUUACGCAUUUUAGAAUAUCUAAUUACUUGUGUUAAUGUAAUUGAUUUCGUAUUAUAUUCUGUAGGACUAACAAGUGAACAGAGUGGCCAAGAUUGCUUUGUUUGUUUGCAUAGCUGACAUAGUCCUGAUCGCAGAACAAGAUGCUGAACCCUACUUUUAAGCCAUUUGGCAAUUAGUAAAGAGUGGAUUCGGAGCUUCGAUCUACUUCACUUAGAAUAAGGACAUGACACAAUUGGAAUAUUAUGAAAAUCUAAAUGAUGCCUUGUUGAAUUGUUAUCUGUGCAUGUUACAUGCAUUCAACUUGAACAAGGUACCCUACCUGCCCAUCUAUCAAACCAUAUAAGAAUUGUGCAUGUUCAUUUAAGCAACAUCUGACAAGUCAUUGACCCCCACAGUGGUAUUGAUUAUGGUUAGCAAUCAUAGGAAUAUAUUCGUCUUUGUGUGACUUGUCUCCUCGAUUGUGUGGCCUAUUAUAAGCAAGUAAAGGGAUAAGAGAAUAUGUCCUAAAAAAUACUCACCAGUCCUCUUCUCAUCAGCCUAUUGGAUAUGUUAAAACAAUAUUCAAACUAAUAAGAAAAUCAAUAAUUAAUUCUGUAUGCUAAUGAUUUGUGCAAAUCAUUCCAAUUGCCUUAAUAUUUGAAUUGAGA